UGGGCCGCCAAGGCUCCGCCCCGCCUCUCGAGUCCCACUGGCUCAGCGUAACCUGCGGCCCUCGCGUCACCAGCCGAGGCCACGCCCCCAUGUUCUAGUUGGCGGCCGAGAUUCCACCCCGCCCCUCCGCGCAGAGGUCGCAGCCCGCGCGCGCGCAGGUGCUGGGAAUCUGCGGCCACGCGCCCGCGAGCGUGCUAUAGGUUGCGGAUCUCCGCUCUGCGAUGUCCCGCCCGAAGCCCUCGUCGGGCGGCCUCGCAGCUACUAGCUCAGCCCCAGGGAAGCAAGCCGUUCUGAGCCGGUUCUUCCAGUCUACCGGAAGCCUGAGGUCCACCGCUUCCCCCAUGGGGCCCGCGGAGAAGGCAGAGGGCGGCUCCGCAGCGCCCCCAGCGUCCACCACCUCGCCUGGGCGUCCGCCUCCGGGGGCUACAGGAUUUAACAGGAAGAAGAGAUCACUGCAGAAUGAUAGGCCCAUUAAAAAGAAGGCAAAGAAAGGCCCUUCGCAGGAAGGAGAAAGUGCCCCAGGAAUAUCUGGCAGCCCUGAGCCAAGGAAAUGUCUGAGGCCCAGGAUUGUUUUAAAGUCUCUGGAAAAACUGAAAGAGUUCUGCUGUGAUUCUGCCCUCCCUCAAAACAGAGUCCAGACAGAACCUCUUCGGGAGAGAUUUGCUAUUCUGCCAAAGUGUACUGAUUAUGAGGAUAUCACUCUGCAACGUGCAAAGAAUGCAAUUUCUUCUGAAGAUUCCAAAUCUCAAACUAGUCAAAAAGACAGUCAAUUUGGACCAUGCCACGAAAAUUUACAGAGAGCUUCAGAUUGUAAACCUCCUAACAAGCGAUCCAAAAGCAUCUACACACCCUUAGAAUUGCAGUACAUAGAAAUGAAGCAGCAGCAUCCAGAUGCAGUUUUGUGUGUGGAAUGUGGAUAUAAGUAUAGAUUCUUUGGGGACGAUGCGGAGAUUGCUUCCCGGGAGCUGAAUAUUUAUUGCCAUUUAGACCACAACUUUAUGACAGCAAGCAUACCUACUCAUAGACUGUUCGUUCAUGUUCGCCGACUUGUGGCCAAAGGAUACAAGGUGGGAGUCGUAAAGCAAACAGAAACUGCGGCAUUAAAGGCCAUCGGAGACAACAGAAGUUCUGUCUUUUCCCGGAAAUUGACUGCUCUUUAUACAAAAUCUACACUCAUUGGAGAAGAUGUAAAUCCUCUGAUCAAGCUGGACGAUUCUACAAAUGUUGAUGAGAUAACGACGGAUAUUUCUACCAACUAUCUUCUGUGUAUCUAUGAAGAUAAGGAAAGUAUUAAGGACAAAAAGAAGGCGAACAUUUCUAUUGGCAUUGUGGGAGUACAACCUGCGACAGGUGAGGUUGUUUUUGAUAGCUUCCAGGACUCUGCUUCCCGCUCAGAGUUGGAGACACGCAUAUCAAGCCUGCAGCCCGUGGAGCUGCUGCUUCCCUCAGACUUGUCAGAGCCAACAGAGAUGCUCAUCCGCACAGCUACUGCUGUUAGUAUGCGAGAUGACAGAAUUCGAGUAGAAAGAAUGGAUAAUGUGUAUUUUGAAUUCAGUCAUGCUUUCCAGGCAGUUACAGAAUUUUAUGCCAAUGAGGUAGUUGACAGCAAAGGCUCUCAGAGUUUCUCUGGUGUCAUUAACUUGGAGAAACCUGUAAUCUGCUCCUUGGCUGCCAUAAUAAGAUACCUCAAGGAAUUUAACCUGGAAAAGACUCUGUCCAAACCUGAGAAUUUUAAACAGCUGUCAAGUGAAAUGGAAUUUAUGAGAAUUAAUGGAAGAACCUUAAGGAAUCUGGAAAUCCUACAGAAUCAGACUGAUAUGAAGACCAAAGGAAGUUUGUUUUGGGUUUUGGAUCAUACUAAAACUUCAUUUGGGAGGCGAAAGUUAAAGAAGUGGGUGACCCAGCCCUUACUUAAAUUAAGGGACAUAAAUGCUCGACUUGAUGCAGUAUCCGAAGUCCUCCAUUCGGAAUCGAGUGUGUUUGGUCAGAUAGAAAAUCAUCUACGUAAAUUGCCUGACAUUGAGAGAGGACUGUGCAGCAUUUAUCACAAAAAAUGCUCUACCCAAGAGUUCUUCUUGAUUGUCAAAAGCCUGUGUCACCUGAAGUCAGAAUUUCAAGCAUUGUUGCCUGCUGUUAAUUCCCACGUUCAGUCAGACUUGCUCCAAACACUCAUCUUAGAAAUUCCUGAACUCCUCAAUCCAGUGGAACAUUACCUAAAGAUACUUAAUGAACAAGCUGCCAAAGUUGGUGAUAAAACUGAAUUAUUCAAAGACCUUUCUAACUUCCCUUUAAUAAAAAAGAGGAAAGAUGAAAUUCAAGAAGUCAUUCACAAUAUCCAAAUGCAUUUACAAGAAAUACGAAAAAUACUGAAAAUUUCGUCUAUACAGUAUGUAACUGUAUCAGGACAAGAGUUUAUGAUUGAAAUAAAGAACUCUGCUGUAUCUUGCAUACCAGCUGAUUGGGUUAAGGUUGGAAGCACAAAAGCUGUGAGCCGCUUUCACUCUCCUUUUAUUGUAGAAAACUAUCGGCAUCUGAAUCAGCUCCGGGAGCAGCUCGUCCUUGACUGCAGUGCUGAAUGGCUUGAUUUUCUAGAGAAUUUCAGUGAACACUACCAUGCUCUGUGUAAGGCAGUGAACUACCUAGCAACUGUUGACUGCAUUUUCUCCCUGGCUAAGGUCGCUAAGCAAGGAGAUUACUGCAGGCCAACUCUGCAAGAAGAGAAGAAAAUAAUUAUUAAAAAUGGAAGGCACCCUAUGAUUGAUAUGUUGCUGGGAGAACAGGAUCAGUAUGUGCCCAAUAGUACAAGUUUAUCAGAAGACUCUGAGAGAGUCAUGAUAAUUACUGGACCCAAUAUGGGUGGAAAGAGCUCCUACAUAAAGCAGGUUGCACUGAUCACCAUGAUGGCUCAGAUGGGUUCCUACGUUCCUGCAGAGGAAGCAACGCUUGGGAUUGUGGAUGGCAUUUUCACAAGGAUGGGUGCUGCAGACAAUAUAUACAAAGGACAGAGUACAUUUAUGGAAGAACUGACUGACACAGCGGAAAUAAUCAGAAAAGCAACGUCACGGUCCUUGGUUAUCCUUGACGAACUGGGAAGAGGGACAAGCACCCAUGAUGGAAUCGCUAUUGCCUAUGCUACACUUGAGUAUUUUAUUAAAGAUGUGAAAUCCUUAACCCUCUUUGUCACCCACUAUCCACCAGUUUGUGAGCUAGAAAAAAGUUACUCACAACAGGUGGGGAAUUACCACAUGGGGUUCUUGGUCAGUGAAGAAGAAAGCAAAGAAGAUUCAGAUGAAGCAGAGCAAGUGCCUGAUUCUGUUACUUUCCUCUAUCAAAUAACCAGAGGAAUUGCAGCAAGGAGCUAUGGACUGAAUGUGGCUAAGCUAGCAGAUGUUCCUGGAGAAAUCCUAAAGAAAGCAUCUCACAAGUCGAAAGAGUUGGAAGGACUAGUAAAUCUGAAAAGGAAAAGACUUAAGUAUUUUGCAAAGUUAUGGACAACACAUAAUGUGAAAGACCUGCAAACGUGGACAGACGAGUUUGAAAUGGAUGAAAUGCAGACUUCUCCUCCAUAUUAAAACGAAAACUACAUUUUUGAACAAAAAUGGAGCAUUAAAAAUACCAACUAUACAAAACCACUUUCCAGUACAACCUGUCUUUGUGUGACACGUGAACAUAAAGUUAUGACUGUGUUGUCUUCCUUUUGGAAAUAGAUUUCUUCCUCUGUGAAGAAAUGUUCUGCAGGUUCCCAUAUUCCUGCCUGUCAAAGUACAAACACUUUCAGAUAUUAGGGCUUUCCACUCGGAAAUUGGAAAAUCUCCUGGACAGUAAGUUUCAUGUAAAAUCAGAAACUAAAGAAAACCUAAAACAGCAGAACACCAAGAAUGCACAGAGGGUGAUAUAAUAUUUUGUUUGUCUGUUUCAGUUCAGAUGUUUGGCAGCAGGGUAGACCUAAUAGGAGUGUACUUUGUGUGAACUAAGAAUUUUAUAAUGCCAGCUAUUUAUUCACCAUGGACACAAACAUUUUUAUAAGAAAUAGAAUCAUGAAGCUUUUUAGAUACUAGAGCAGUAAGAAGGAUAAAGCCAUAUGAAAUUUGAAGAAUUGGCAGUCAUUAUUUUAAGGUGUUUAAAGGUUGUUGGAUGAAAUUAUUUUGUCAUUCAUUCAAGUAAUAAAUGGAACGAGUACUUUCUCUAAUGGCAUGACUUACUGAAUUUUGGUGUUUUUAAGUAUCAGACUGUUGUAUUUUAUUUUCAACUAUGAACCAAAGAUUCUUGUUCCUAGCAAAGCAGUCCACAGAGCUGACCUUGGUCAUUUUGACUGCUCUGUUAACCUACACAGCACAUGUGUGACCUUAGUGCUGAAUCUUGGGAUUUUGUUGAUUCUCUGCUAUAUUAGGGUGAUGGGCAUUCAACUGUACCCCUGUGUUUUUACAGCGCUCAAACAGUCUGGCUCCUCAUAUCUGUGCCCUUUCCAACCCAUUUAUUAUUCUUGCUCAGUUAAAUUUCUUCCCCAUAUUUGAAGGA